AUGUUUAUUGCCCCCUCGUUCAAUGCACUUCUUCACGUUGCUACCCGGGACGAGGCAGAGAUGAUACCAGAGUGCACGACAGACCGGACUCCGGGAGAUAUCUUCAGCCGACCGUUCAUUGACGACAAGCUGGACUGGGUGAAGCAACGCUUGCGCGAGCAUAUCGGACGUAUCGCGGCGGGCAUUGACCAGGUCACGUACCAGGAUAUCCUGAGCACUCCCAACGAUGCCUUAGCUUCGCUCUGCAACACCUACCGGCUCAUUGGGUUGGAGUCCUGCAUUUUGAAGGUGGCCACGCUACUCAUCGACCGCCGGUUCCGGGAAUGGGCAGAAGGUGAGAAGGUCAUUCCUGCUUCGCAGAAUGGUUUUCGCCCCGCGUACCGCAACAAGGCCAAUGCUUUCAUCUUGCGCACUGCCAUUGAGAAAGCCAGGGCGAGCGGCGAGACGCUUCAUGUCGUUUUCAUGGACCUCUCCAACGCCUUCCCCUCCACAGACCAGCCUCUCCUCUGGCUGAAGCUCCUGCGGCGUGGUGCAACGGGGCCCAUGUCUGACUAG